UUACCUCCAGUAAAAACAAUAACAAUAAAAAUGGCAUCAGUCAUCAUCUGCGACCGAAUCUCUCAGGGAAACACUGGCAGAAAAGAGUUGACUGGGGUUAGAUUAGACCAGGAUGUUAAAAUUUUAAAAGAGAAAAUAGCAGCGGACUUAAAAAUUACAGAAAAUUUAUUUGAUGUUAUAUAUUGUGGCCAAUGUUUGAAGGAGGGUGCUAGUCUUGAGUCAAAUGGUGUCCAUCAAGGAUCAACUGUUCAUGUUGUAGCCAGACCAGUGCAAGACCAAAACUCACCUGGUAAAGGUGAGAUAGCAAAUACAGAGGUGAAACAGUUGCUAAGUCUUCUACAAACAACACUGAAGAGUCCAGCGUAUAAAUCUACUGUAGAGAAUAUAGUAAAUUCACCGGACCUGUUACAUGACAUAGUGAAAGAUGUUCCUGGAUUAGACAGCUCCCCGUCAACAAUCACACUGUUUAUGGAUCAUGAAUUAUUGACUGUCCUUGCACACCCUGGAAAUAUCCGGAGGGUUAUAGAAGCACAUGCCUGUUUUCCUCAAGUGGCCAAGAAGAUAGCAGAAGCUGUGAAAGAGGCUGAUAGUAUUGGAGAGUAUACACGCAGUUCAACAGGAGCAUACUCACUAGAUCAAAUGUCUGAUGAUGAAGACGAAAUGCCAGGACCAAGUGGAGGACAAGCUAUUACAUCAUCUCAGUUAGCAGCAGCACUUGCAGCAGCAACAGGCUCCUCAGGACAGAGUAAUCAGAGUGAACCUAUAGGCGGUGGUGUGAUAUCCUCGGAUUUCUUUCAACAGGCUAUUUUGGCAGCUCAGAGGGACUCUUUGUCUAGUCAAGUUCAGCAGAUGCGGGAGAUGGGUAUUACAGAUGAGAAUGUAGCUAGGCAGGCCCUUCAGGCUACCAAUGGAGACUUACAAGCAGCACUUGAUCUACUGUUUGGGGGAGGAGUCUCAUAAUUAACAGUAACUUAUGGUCCAUACUUGUGAUUGUGAUAUUUCUGUUUAAAGUCUGAGCAUGAAUAUGAGGUACAUUUCCAGAGGUAGUCGUUAAAGUUGUUCAGAGUUGACAAAUAAUGAUGACUUAACUGCAACAUUUAAUGUGUUGUUUGCAGGCAGAUUCUUGGGAUAUUUUAUGAAUUAAUUUGGUGUUCAUAUUUGUGAUAAUGAUUUUUCUGUGUUAACCUGGAGCAAAAAUUUGGAACAAGACUGGAUUAAAUUUUCUGAAGGUUGUUAAUAACCUAAGAUUUAGUUGUCUGAGCUUAUAUGUGGAGCUCGGUGUAAAGAUAUUCAACUGACUUCAAGACUUUACAUGUUUCAGCUCAAUGUUUUGCACCAUACUUUUGCAUUAUAAGGAAAGAGUAAAGCAAAAAAAUUGUGAA